AUGCCUAACAGAUAUGGCAAGCCAGAUAUCAGGACAAUAGUCCUCGUCUUCGCGUAUACUGAUCAACUUGGUAUGUUGCUCAGAUGUGAGGGUGGUGGCAUGUGGGGCGCGGAGGCGGGGUGGUGGUGCGGCGCGCUCGCGGCGGCCGCGCUGCUGCUGCUACUGCUCGCCGCGCGCUGCCGCCCGCGCCGUCACGCCAAGAAACUCGCAGUGCCGCACCACGUGCACGUAGUGAGCACUUGGGUGCCGGCGCGCGGCGUGCCCCGUCGCGGGCCUGUAGGCGUGUUCCGUGGCGCGGCCCUACCGGGGCUCCCGCGACGCGCACGCGCAACCCUGGCCGGUGCUCCAGCCGACCGCCCCGAUCCGCAACCCGCUCCUCCUCAAAUCGUCGUUGUGAACAAUACACAGCCUCCCCGAGCCCCAGGCCCUUCAGAAUACAAAGGCCUCCCUAAACUGCCUCUACCAGAACAGUGGAUACACAAACGCCCUCUAGACUAUAAAUACACAACGAUUCCGAGACCUCUCGCUCAACUAGUCAACGCGGAUUUAGGCGCGGAAUUAUCGCAGGAAUCACGUACGAAAAAAUUGAGCGCGACUCGCUCACCUUCUUUGGAAAAAGACGAUAAAUCGCCCUUUUUAAUUAGCGCAAAUAAGAGCGAUAAAGAUAAAGAAGUGUUCGGUUUCGAUAUCAAAGCUGUUGAGAAAUUGAAUGAAAAAGAUAUGGAUGAUAGGAUGACGUCACCAAAUGAGGAGGCGUCUCCUAGUAGUAAUCUUAGGAGAUUUCGGUCUGUAAGUACGAGAUUAAAUAUGUGUAGUGUAAACGAAGGUCCUCCUUUGGAGGGUCAGCAAGAAAGACUAGAAAUGCAGAACUCUCCAAGAGUUUUAGAAUGCAGUUCUGCGAAAGAAAAAUCUUCAGCACCGAAGUUUGAUUUUUCACCGAAAAUUUUAGCCGAUACUAUGGCUUCACCCAGAUUUUUUACUCCACCUGAAACCGUUUCACCGAUGUUCUUUGCUGAGCCAUCUCCAAAAUCAGUUUACUAUGACACAGUUCGGUCGCCUAAGUUUUUUGCAGAAACGCCGCGAGACGCUGAAGUUCCACAAUCACCACGAGCAUUAGGAGAUCAUCUAAAUAGAAAUGGAGUUACAGAAAAACCCAGUUCUCCUCGAUUCCUAAACAGACCUAGUCCAAAAGUACAUAUUUAUAAUAAAGAGAACUAUUUUACCUUUGAGCAAUCAUGUUUAGAUGAAAGUAGAGCAUCUCAGAGACCUAAGAAGUAUGGUGGAAGGAAUUCUAUAGAGAAGGAACGUUUCACCCCUCCAGCAGACAAAAUGGAUGUAAGGAAAUACAGACGACACAACAGCUGCGAUACGAAUUAUAAAACAGUUGAAUUAAAUAUUUCUAAAUGCGAAGAUAAUAAAGAACAAGAAGUCAUCAAAGGUGAUGACGUAACGGACUGCUGUGUCAAAAUGGAUGCUUUAGAAAUAGAACCGAAAUUAGAAGACAAAACAAAUGAGUUAGUAGUAGCUCCUAGUCCAUCAAAUACAGCACAAGCAAGAAGACAGAGAUUAAAAUCAAUAUCUCUCGAUUCAGAUAACGCUAAAAUCAUCGAGCAAAACCUAGGUCUACCUAUCGCAAAGCAAAUGAAGGAUCAAAUGAACGAAGCUUAUAAAAAUCAAGAUACGAGUACCUCAUGUGAUAGCAUGGAACGCUAUCAAAAAACUCCGACAAACGAAAAACCAAUUUUCAAAUUCGAAGACGAACAAAAAGAUAAAAGUUCAGAGGAAGAACCAAAAUCUCCCGAAGUUAAACAAAAGAAAAGUCUACGGCAAAGUUCUGAUACGCAAUCCUUUAUCGACAUGCCCAGAUUCUCACCUAAAGAGUUUGAAAUCACCAUUACUUCUGAAGAAGGAGCAACGGUGCCUGCUCAAACUGAGAUUAAAAAGAAAGGGAAAAAUCUGAGGAAUUUACGAAUAGAUUUAACGAAACGAGAUAGCGACCUCGAAAAAGAACUUCUCGAAUUUGAAAAGUUGUACACAGAUGCAGAGGAGAAAAAAGUCAAAACGCCUACAUUAAAGGUUAAAGCAACUUCUCUAGAUUCUUCAGAAACUGUAAAUCUUUCUCUACCUCAAAAGAAAACCUUAGAAGUUCCCCAAAAUUCAAUGUCAAUGCCCAAUACACCGAAAAGACAGUUGAAACGAAUCCUAGCACAAAAGAAUGUUAAACAUGACUUUGCUGGAGCAAAGUUAGGGUAUAAUUCGAUACAAUCGAAUGCAGAACAGCGACGAUUAUAUAUGAAAGGCCAAGAUUCCGGUAUAUUUUUAAGGGAAAAUCAUGCUGCUUUAAUGCUAUACCAUCCUGGUACUUCCCGAAUGGGAUCUCGAACAAUGGGCUCCUUUGACGAAAAUAUGACAGAUUUUGAAAAUACCCCUGAAAUUAAUAUAUCAGGUGCUGAUAAUAGAACUUACCAGGAUCCAAGCCAAAGUUUGGGAUCAAAUUUGCUCAACUACAAACAGAACCUGAGCUUAUCCAGUACAAACCUGAAAACUUUACCAGAAGGUGUGCCAUCGGACGAUUUUGAACCAAGUGCGGAAGACGAAAAAGUAGUGAAAAAGUUACAUAGGAGAAAUUCUAACCAGAGCUUAAUGCUUAGCACACACAGUCUGCAAAGUUCGAAUUGUUCACUAAAUAGUGCAGGGACAUCCUGUCACAAUUUGGCCACAGUGAGGACUAGCAUUUCCAAUUUUAGUUUAAAUUCCGAUUCGAGACAGAAAAAACUUUCUUUUGACAGACGAGAUUCAAACACGUUCAACACCGAAAUAUUACCUACCCCCAGAGUUAUAUGCUCAUCAAAUAACAGCCUUUCAGGAGAAGUUUCUAAGAACUGCCUCUUGCAACGUCGAGGCUCUAACAAUAGUCUGACAUUAAACAUUCUCUCAAGUAACAACUUAAGUCGUCAUUCGAGCAAUACUUCUCUCAAUAAAGACGCCAAACAAGGCCAGAAAAAGGGUCUUCUUGAACGAAGAAGCUCAAAUACAUCCUUAACUUUGAACAUAAACAAUUCGAACCCUCAACUUUCUGUGAAUAGAGGUUUAAGCGUAUCAAACUACAAUUUGAACGGCUCAACAUGUAACUUAAGUAGAUAUAACAGCAAUUAUAGCAUAGACAACCCUCCUGCCGAACCUCGGAAAGGCAUUUUAGAGAGACGCAGCUCGAACACUUCUCUUACUCUAAACAUACAGCCACAGGAGCCCAGGGAAUUAGAAGUAGAUGAGAAUUUAAUAGAGUCUAAUAUAAAAGAUUUGCCGCAUCGGGACAAGCAUAGGAAGUCUUUGAGUACUGAAAAUUUGAUACCGAAAUCUUAUAAAAAUCGAACAAGAUUACGUUCAACGGAUAAGGGAGUUGGUUUUGGAUCCCACGACAAUUUAUGGUCGACUUCCUAUUCUUCAGAGCAAGAUUAUCUACAGAAUCUGACGUAUGUGUGCGGGGAUCAAGAAAACGAAAUUAUUUACGCCGUUGGACGCCAAGAGGAUCCCAAUUUCCAACCUGGGACAGUCAGAAAUAUAACCACUAAACCCUUGAGUCCUCAAAGCACAUCAGAAGACUUCAGACUUUACUUGGCCAACAUGCAACAUCUUCAGAAUGCUUCGAGUGUGUUAUCUAGAAAACAACUAAGAGAUUUAAAUGACGUGUUCCAAAAUGGCUAUUCCAAAGUUAAAUGCCACAAUACUGCAGAAGGCGCUCAUUGUUGUUCAGGCAGGGUCGAAGAUAUGGCUAAAGAAAAUCCUCAAAUGGCCAUCCCAGACUUAGCGACUUCCCAGCCUUGUUCAGAGUACCAGAAGACGUUGCUUAGGAAUUUGCACCAGGAAUUCUGGGAUAUGCCUACUAACUUCCAGGAGAAGCCUAUUGUAUCUGGGUCUCAUCCCAAGAAUAGGUAUAAAACAAUUUUGCCGAACGAACACUCCAGAUUUAUGUUGAGCUCGGAGACUGUCGAGGGAUACAUCAAUGCUAAUUUCAUAAAGGGGCAUGAGUACACCAAAAACACAUAUAUAGCAACCCAAGGUCCUCUACAGAAUACAAUCCACGAUUUCUGGCUCAUGGUCUACCAAAACAGCAUAGCCAGUCAGACUCGACUCGACCAGGAUGCUGCCUCCAAACCGAUCCAGAAAGUAGUCAUGCUCACCAACUUCAUAGAGAACAACCGGCAGAAAUGUGAAAAGUAUUUCCCACUGGAGCUGAACGAGGAAAUUACAAUCACCUGCCCGGAGACACCAGAUGAUCCUGACAAUGAAUUCGUUAUAACCAAUGCGGGUAUGAUCAGAAAACCUGGAUACACGAUAAGGAAGCUCAAUGUGAAGUACAAGAAGUAUGAAGAAGAAGAAGUCACAAUAUACCACUACUGGUUUCACAACUGGGCUGACCACAAAUGUCCAAAGGAUGUGAACGCUUUGUUGAAUUUAAGUUUGGACGUUUUAAAAGAACGAGUUUAUGAUUUUACCAACCCGAGUGAAGUAAACGAAGAAUUGUGUAAGUGUGAAUCACCAAAAUCUGACUCUAAAUUUGUGUUUCCACCACUCGAACAGCCCACUCCAUGUGAAGUGAAAGUUUGUGCAUCAACGCCAUUUGAUUUCUCAAAGGAAUCCUCGAGUCCACCUACUAUAGUGCAUUGUUCCGCUGGGAUCGGACGAACUGGGUGUCUGAUAGCUAUCCUGAAUGGUAUAAAGCAGUUGACGAUAGACCAAAAAGUGGAUGUGUUAGGUAUAGUGUGCAAUAUGCGGCUAAACAGAGGGGGUAUGGUACAAAAUUCUGAGCAGUACGAAUUGAUACAUAAAGUGUUGUGUUUGUAUGAGCAGGCCUGUCUGCCUUUAUAG